AACAAUUUGCUCUUUAUUCUUUUUCUUUCUCUAGCUGUGUUUGUGUGAGAAUUUGCUGGAAUUUUAAAAAAUUCUUGUUGAGUCAUGGCUGUGACUGAGGAUCCUUAGUAAGUUUUUUCAGAAAUUGGCAAUUCUUCAAUGCUAUGGUGAUGUUUGACUUGCCUUUUAAGUAUAAUGGAUCCUCAAACAAACUUUUCUGCAUGCUUUAGCCCUCAAGAGCUUGGUCAUGUGGCAUAUUUCUUAUUGCCAAGUUCCUGAUCUCUUGUAUUGACAGAUUGGGAAAAAUGGAAAGGAAAGAGAAAAGCUUGGGUUCUAAUAUAUUACCAAGAAUGUGUGAUAAACAAAGUGUGUGUGUGUGUGUGUUUUGUUGUUAUUUGUUAGUUGGCAGAUACUUAAGGAAUGAAGAAGUAGCUAUUCUAAUACUUUACUCAUCCAUUCAGAUACCUUCUAUACCAUCCCCUGUCCUACACAAAAUGGGAAUAUGCUUCCUUGGAACUUGCUGGAUUUUCGUUUGUGUGCUUGUUUGUGGGCCUUAUUGCUGUGGGAAGGAUUUACCUUGGUAUGCACAGUUUGAUUGAUAUCUUUGGUGGUCCUGGCAUUGGUUUUGGAAUCCUUUAUCUCUGGCUAGCUGUCCAUGAAUACAUUGAUAACUUUUUGGACUCUGGACAAAAUGUUACAUCCUUUUGGGCCUCUCAAGUUUGCUGUAGCUAUGGACAUCAAACCAAUGUGGGUGGUCAUUUGGAGGGUUCACCACUCUUUACCUCCAUCAACAAUGCCACCACUUCCUUCAUCGUUGGCCUUUCUGUGGGGGAGGAGUUCACACAGAGCAUUGCAAUUCUUAGUGUUUGAAGCAUCUCUUGCACCAUUUGGUCUGGCAAUCCUUGCAGCUCUGUGUCAAGUAUUGAUACUUUUGGUUCAGAGCUUCUCAUCUUUCUCUUCACCCACUCUACUAUGUGCAGCCACUCAUCCACCUCAAGUUCCACUGCACUACGCCCACUUAGUAUCUCCAAUAGAACAACUCCGUAGCUAUAGACAUCACUCUUAUCGGUUAUGUUCCUUCUGUAUCCAUGUUCUGGGGAAAUAUAACCAAAAGCACCAG